AUGCCGGAGCUACCAGAGGUAGAGGCGGCGAGGAAGGCGGUGGAAGAGAACUGUACCGGGAAAAAGAUAACCAAAUGCAUAGUCGCCGAUGAUUCAAAAGUCAUCGACAGUGUUUCUCACUCCGAAUUCGAAGCUUCCGUCAUCGGAAAAACCAUUGUCGCAGCUCGCCGGAAGGGCAAGAACAUGUGGCUUCAGCUCGAUUCUCCACCUUUUCCUUCCUUCCAAUUCGGUAUGGCUGGUGCAAUAUACAUCAAGGGAGUUGCAGUAACAAAGUACAAAAGGUCUGCUGUAAAUGAUGAGGACGAAUGGCCUUCCAAAUAUUCAAAGUUUUUUAUUCAGCUAGAUGAUGGUUUGGAGAUAUCCUUCACUGACAAAAGGAGAUUUGCUAAAGUUCGCCUGCUCAAAGAUCCGACAUCAGUGCCUCCCAUAUCUGAGCUUGGUCCUGAUGCACUCUUUGAACCCAUGACACUUGACGAAUUCACUGGGCGUUUGCACAAGAAGAAAACUGAAAUCAAGGCUUUAUUACUAGAUCAAAGCUAUAUUUCAGGUAUUGGAAAUUGGGUUGCAGAUGAAGUACUUUACCAAGCAAGGAUUCAUCCACAGCAGACAGCUUCUAGCUUGUCGGGAGAAAACUGCUCAACUUUGUAUGAGUGCAUUAAAGAGGUUAUUCAAUUUGCGGUUGGAGUUGAUGCUGACUGUAGCCGUUUUCCCCUUGAAUGGUUAUUGAAAAAGCAGUUGAAGUUGGAGCAGAUAGUAGUCAAUAUCCCACUAAUUGGAUAUUUCAUUUUCGUGAAAAGAAGCCCCGGCAAAGCUUUUGUUGACGGGAAAGAAAUUGACUUCAUCACUGCAGGUGGCAGGACAACUGCGUACGUGCCAGAGCUGCAAAAGCUAAGUGGACCACAAAAGUUAAAAGAAAACUGGUAA